CCAGGAAGAGUCUGGGACGAGCUGGCUCAACUGAUCAAUCGUAACCUCAUGUCGGCAGCAUCCACAAAUGCUCAGCGCCUGGGGAUAGCCCAGAGCACAUUACAGAGCGCAAAUUCAACCCUCACACCCAGACCGACCAGCAGUGGAAUACCUGCUACACUGCAACCUCUGCCUCCGCAGCAUCAGGUGCCUCACGAUCCCAUCAUCGAUAUCAUACCGCACCCACGCCUACGAUUCAACGUGCUGAGAGCGAUUGCCGCACAGCAGAUAGAUGCUGCAGCUAUCUCGAGGGACUUGCGGGCAUCAGGAGCUAUGGAGAACCUGCAGGGCCAGUGGCAGCGCGGUGGGCUGGUCGUGUGGAGCUCGCCCGAGCAGCUUGCAUCUUGGGAGCUCUCAGCAGCAUUCGUGCUGAAAUGGAGUUUCCUGCUACAAGGCUGUGAAGACUUCUUGCAGGCCACGAAUGCCUGGCGAAGCCGACGCGGAGAAAGACUGUUUCCACAAUCAAUCAACAGUACAAGAUGAGAGGGCGGACUUAAGCGGCGAUACCAUAUUAUCCAGAUUGAUCAGAUUAUGAUGAUAGCGUUCAGAGCGCAAUGUUCAGGCGCUGCACGGCACGGAAGGAACGGGCCCUAGAAGAGUCCUAAAGUUUGGUUCGAUUAGUGAUGUAUUAGAUACUUUCACGUUCG